GGCAAAGGGUAGAAGAAAGAAAAGGAAGAGGAAGAAAACGGAGGACAUGGGCAAGGAACCAGACAAGGAAGAUGAGAGAAAGGAAGCAGCAAUAGCAUCAACGCCAUGUUUACAGCCCAAUUACAAGCCCAGACGCAUCACCCAAGACCAGCUCUCCAAGUUCCAGGAACUGCACAGGAGACGUUUACAGAUAAAAUCAACAUCAAAGAUUGAAAAGAAACCAAAAGGUGGUACUGGUAAGUCUCACAGCAAAGGCCUGAAUGCCAAACACUCAGCAAAUCAAGAUUCAAUUGUACCAAUUGAAAAUUCAACUAACUUCAACUUUGAGAGCCACCAGAAAGAAAGCAGUUCCUUUGUACAGCAAGAAGGCAUAGCAACCUAUCAUGCACCACAGAAGCGCCAGAAGUUGCAUUGGGGGCUGGACACAAAGGAAAGGUGGGAAAGGAAAGCAAACAUGUAAAUAUUGCCAUGAAGAUGAAAUAUGGUUCCCCUGAGUGCUGGUUUCCAAAAUUGUCUCUUGAUUUCGGAAUAUUUGGCUGCAAGGUGAUUGCUUAACCUAGGCGAUUAGAUUUUUAUUGGUAGAGAGCAUCUACCUUGCACAUGUUAGUUAUAAUGUUGAGGUAAAUGUUCAACUUUUCUAUCAAACACUUCAUUCCUGUAUUUCUUGUGCACUAUAUUAGGUAGAGACCAUGAAAUGACCAAACAAAAAUUUUAUAAAGAAAAAAAAAAUUGAUGACUAUUUUAUUUUGUGAUUUCUAACAUUGUUAGACUCUGUCUGAAUCAUUUUGCAAUAUGUUUUAGCUCAAACCAAUCAUGUUUGUCUCCACUAGCUGCAUGUGUUGGAUUGAAAACUUUUGGUGGCUUUUUCUGGCAUUUUUGUAAUUGAAUCAGACUAUUUCCGAAUAUGUUUUGUGUGUUUUCAUCAUAAGUAAAAUGUUUUGCUGGUAUAAUUCGUUAUGUUUCCAGCUUUAUACACUUUGGUGCAAAUGUGUUGAACAUGGGCAGAGUGAAUGAUAUUACCUAUAAAACUUUAACUGGUUUGUUGCUAUAUUCAUCCAAAGAAAAAAGAGGUCUUUGUUGUACAUGAACAGAGUCAGCCCAAGUUGAUUUGAGUAAGAUUCAGAUCUGAGAAGCUUCACUAUUUGAAAGCAUUGAAGUUGAAUUGCUCAUUAGUAGGUUACUUGGCUUGGCUCAAAGACCAAAACGUGCUAACCUACUAGUGACGCUGUUGCAAGCACAAGGCACAUGAGAGAAAGACGCACUUUGGAUUUGGAACCACGAAAACACCUCCUUUUCAAUCUUCAUAGAAUACACCAAGCAAAACUGAAUUCAGACCUUUGUCAAUCUUCGUAGACUACACCAAGCAAAGAUGAAUUUAUACCUCCAUUGGCAAUCUUCAUAGGAUACACCAAGCAAAUAAUUUCUUUUUUGUUGCCU